GUGCUGCUUUACUUCAAUGGACGAUGGGAUCCUAGCAACAAAUAUACUAAUUACGUGGCAGAUGGUGUGUUGAUAAAUACGGAAUCAAACUUUGCCACCCUCGUUUCUAUAAUUGCUACUCAAUUGUCAAUAGACACAUCAACAAGUAAAGUUGAAAUCAGAUAUAAAAUUGAUGAAAGGUCUCCUCCAAUUCAAAUUCAUAAUGAUAUGGGGGUAAAAGUAUAUGUUGAAACCAAAAAGGAACAUCGAGAUAUGGCAAAAUACUCUUUGUGUGUCACAACAACUGAACCAGUCAACUUGGAGACUAAUUCUACACUCAUUCCACUAUUAUGUUCAGACACUUCAGAAGAUAUGAGGGUUAUACACAAUUCAUACUUCUCUAAUACAUUUAAUGGUAUUGGUGAGGCAAUAGGGUUAAUUGGCUUUGGAUCAUGUGAGGAAGUUGAUGAGCUAGAAGAAUUAGCACCAGGCAUCAUUGUUAAUCCCAAUCACUCUUUAUUUGAGAAAGAUCAAGUGUAUAAGAAUAAAUAUGUCCUCACCAGUGCACUAAAAAGACAUUCCAUUCUUAAGCAUUUUCAAUUCAAGACAACAAGAUCAAGCUCAAUCAGGUAAUUUGAAAUCUCAAACUUUAAAUUAUUGAUUGUAUAUUAAUUUUUUUUCAACAGCUAUUCGAUACAGUGCUUAGGUGAAAACUGUAGUUGGAGUUUACGAGCUUCAAGCUUGAACAAAUCUCAAAUGUUCAAGAUUAGAGAAUUUGAAAGUGAACACACAUGUUUGUUGCUACAUAAUUCAUUAUCGGAAAGGCAAGCAACUAAGAGUGUUGCUGGGAGUAUUAUUGUCAGUAAAUGUGCUGAACCAGAUGUUAUUUACACACCAAAAGAUAUACAACGUGACAUGUUAGUUGAAUAUGGUAUGCGACUCACAUAUAUGCAAGCAUGGAGAGCUAAAGAAGCAGCUCUUGAAUUAGUCCGGGGUGAUCCAAUUCAAUCAUAUGCAAAGUUGCCAAGCUACUUUCACAUACUAGAGGCAACUUACCCUGGUUCCCAUAUAAGAUUGCACAAAUCAGAGGAUGACCGUUUUCUAUAUGCGUUUGUAGCUUUGUUCACCUCGAUAAAAGGAUGGGAAUAUUGUAGACCAAUUGUAGUUGUUGAUGGAACUUUCUUAAAAGGAGCAUACAAAGGGACACUACUAGCCGCUAAUACCUUAGAUGCAGCAGGGAGUAUACUGCCACUUGCUUAUGCCAUUGUUGAUUCAGAGAAUGAUGCAUCUUGGAGGUGGUUUUUUGAGCAAUUCAGAGACGCAUUCGGUCAAAGAUUAGAGAUGUGUAUCGUUUCCGAUAGGCAUGCAAGCAUUAUUAAGGCAGCUUCGAGAGUCUAUGAUGAAAUGACAAUCCCUUAA